AUGGCCAGCGCAGAGGUGAUGGCCGAGUUCAAUCCUCCCAAUAACUCGGGAACUUCAAAUAGCCUAUUCUCAAAGUUCGGGCGCUCGCCUUCUCGCAAGCACAAGUCGCGUCCUUCGUCCGAAUCGAUUGAUCCUGUGUCUGCUGCCGCAAUCAGGGCGUCCAAGACACGAGCGAGACCUGGACCGACUCGUGGGACCACCGCACCUGACGGAGUUGUGACAUUGGGCAGUCUACAGACGGGCGCGAGAAAACCCAGCGAUGGUUCCUCGACUCUCAUAUCGCCGAUAGAGAAGUCCAGCACCAUGUUCGCCGUGCCGUCCUUAACAGCGGCCGACUUGGGCGUGGACUCUCAAUAUAAAUAUGUGCGCAACGAUGUGCCAAAAGUGCCGCCGAUACAUGGCGCAGUCGCCUACAAUCCGACAAUAGCUGCUGCGUUGGCAAACCCGAACUCGUUGUAUCAGUCGAUACACGAUAUGUCCAGCAAGCGAAUGGCAACACUGGACUAUAUGCGCAAAGCACACGAAGGACGCAUGUUUUGGUUCAACACAAUCAAAUUCUCCGCAACUGAUGUCGGCAGACUACCAUCAUAUACGCCGAACCGACUGUCACGACGUGCCACAAACUAUUUGAUACUAGGCAUGUCGAUACCGGCCGUGCUUGACGUCCAUCCCAUGCAUCCGUCCAGUUCAGCACCGCAAAAUGCUAUGGUAGCGCAAGAGUAUCUGCGAAGUCUGAAUGCGCUUUUGACCGAAUUUGAGGCAUACCAGCAACUACAUCCGCCAGAUGGUAGUACGGUCAGCACACUGAGCCGAGCUCGAUUACCACAAAUGUUCAAACGAUCAACGACGAGACCUCGAAAAUCUAGCGGGGCGAUAGGAAGUGAACUUACGCAGUCAAUUUCUGCACCUGCGAUGCCAGACCAAGCUUCGAGCCAUGCCCAUCAGACAUCAUUCGAUGGCGCAAACAAUUCAUCAAGUUUCAACAGCUCAUCAACACAUCUGCCCAGUACCGCUCCUGGAGCGUCCAGCUUUCCCAACACCACGGCGUUCCCUCUGCCAGGCCCCGCUGAUGCUCCAAAUUCGACCUUGUUGGCCAACGAGGGCUUGUAUACUUACCUGAUCACGCCGCCUCUGCCGUUUGCGCCUGACUUCUACACGGUUUUUGCGACCUUGUGUGAGGUGUUGAUCGACGUAUAUCAGCGCCUGCUCCAGCUCCUGAGUGGGCCAGACAGCUGUACAGCGUCCGUGAGUGAGUUGUUCACUAAGGCAGAUGCGCGCAUCAGGAAAGUCAUGGUUGGAGGCAUUCUGCGGGAAUUUGAGACCGCGUCGAGAGACAACGCGAAGAAGGAGCUAAUGAGCGUGCAAAAGGUGGUCCUGGGAGGGUUGAUGGGUCAUUGA